AUGCUGGACUCACCAUCCAACUUAUUCCAGCGGAGGUUGAGCUGCACCAAGGCGCUCAGAUUUCCUAGCUGCGGGCGAAUCCCCGAGGAGCUAGGAGCCCUACGCCAGCUGGAGAGUCUUUGGAUCGAAGACAACGACCUUACUGGCGAAAUUCCGGCGUCGCUAGGGCAGCUCGCCAAGCUGGAAUCGCUCCGCCUGGACCAGGACAAGCUCAGCGGUAACUGUCUCCGACGGAGUCGGCAUGUACACGUCACACCAGAUUGCUUGAAUCUGACAUGCGCAUUGGUGGGAUUCAUCCUGAACCUGAAAGUUUAUCGGGGGAAACAUUAUACCUACUCGCCCACCCAUCGGCGAGAUUCAUCCUGA